AUGAACUAUCUCCUGAUUGUCCUCAUCCAACUGACCUACAUCGUCCCGAGUCUGCUGCUCUACGGGAUGAUCUGCCUCUACAUAGUGUGGUCCAGAGAUCCCGAGUUCCGCUCCGCCUUCCACCGGCUGUUUCUUGCCAGAGGUCCACUUUUUUGGCAUUUUGGUUUGGAAAAAGACCAGACAGUUCAAAACAGCUUACUGAGAAAAAAAAGAGACGAAAUCUCUUUUCAAAAAUCCAUUUCAGCACCAGCCGAUGUUGUGCAAGUCCUGACAUCAGUUGUGGCGUUCCGACUACCGCUUUCAGGCUGGCAGGUAUUUCCGCACAAAAUGAAUUUCCUAAUUUCGAGUCCAGGCAUGUCUUUCGUUUCCUCUGCUGGCCAAGCUCGGCUUCGUCGUUUCCCAAUACGCGACGCUCAUCGAACUCUGUGCGCAACUCAUCUUGUCAGCCAACAGACUCACCGCCAUUGCCUUUCCCAUCGGACACAAAAAGGUAAUAUUCAUUCCAAACAUUUCAAUAGAGCAGCUCAUUCGAGUUUUUUUUUUCUGAACUAUAGAAAGCGAGAACAGCUGUUUCUACCCUCGAGUUUUCGUCAAAACUAAUUUUCAGUUCAGUUGAGUAUGAAAGCCGCUUAUGCAUUAGAAGAAACUAAUAUUAGGAAGAAAUCUAGUUUAUUUCUUUGGCAUGGAGCUUCGUGGUCAACUAGCUUACUGUACGAAAAUUGUCAGAUCUGGUCAAGACGGCCGACUUUCCUUCUCUUCGGCUGCUGUGCCGUGGCGUCGUUGAUUCCCACUCUGGUGAGGAUCCCGCAACCGGCCGGUUACCUGAGCGUCAACGGUUCCGUCAUCCCUUAUCUCAUCAACGAUGAAGAUCAGAAGGUUCUUGAUCUCCUCGAAACUCCGGAAACCUCGGAUUCCUAGCAAAACUCGCUCGUGUCGUGCUGCCUCUACGUGUCUUUCUGCGCGGCGAGUCUCUCGUUCAACAUCGCCGCCGUAUUGGUUCAUUCGAAGCAACGUCGGAUGCAGGUUCCGUUGAUCUAUUCCGAUAGCUUCCCCUUGUGCCUAUCUUCUCUACUUUUAGCUGUUUGAGACGCAACAAAAGCUCGCCGCCAAAGUCCAAACAAAUCUCCUCAUCUACUCUUGCAUCUUCACGGUCGUCGUCAUCUCCAUGACCAUCUGUCAGGUCAUUUUUUUUAAUAUAUAUUUAUUGAUAUAUACAUCUUAACUAAAUGAGAAUCAAGCUUGGAAGUCCGCAACCAAUCAAAAUUUUAAAAAGUGGUCGAAAAAACAGGGAUUUCAGACUAGAGUCUCCUCUCACAAGUAUAGUCGAUGUGCCACAAGUUGAAAUUUCAUGGAACGACACUCCGCUGUUUCGAUUUGUGCGGUAGCGCGCAUCGUGCGAAUUUGCCAACCUCGGCCACGCUAAUUUUUUUGGUUUUAACUCUAAUUUUGAUCGUUUUUUGAUUGUUUUAUUUCUUUAAAAUGUAUUAUAGUCGUUGAAAAGGAUUGCGUUGUACAAAUGUAAACGGAAGAACACAGUAAAUUUCCUGAUCAUCCUCGAAAAGAGCGAUAAAAAAGUGUUGUUUUGUUAAAGCCAUUUUUUAAUGUUUUCAUCGUUUUUUUUUCUGUUUGUCGCAUUUGUUAAUGGAUUUUUUCAGAAAGUGAGUGGCUUAUAAAAUGAAGAUUAAAACCAAAAAAAUUAGCUUGUCACACAUUUCUCAAAACAGAAACUGUCAAAGCGUGUUCGAGCACAUGAAUAGGAGCAUAAAAACACAUUUUCAGUGUCUUCUGGCCCUGGACGUAUUUCCCCUGCGAUCUCAGGCUCACAACCUCGUCAUCGUGCUUCUGACGGUUUCGGCUGACGCCUUCGCUCUGUCGAACCCCUGGCUUCUAUUCUGCCUUUCGGGCUCAUUCCGCAAAAAGUUUCUCGAAGCCAGAAGAUUCCCCAAACUCUUCCCUACGAGUACCACUGGCGACACUUCCUAA